AUGGCGUCGGUAGUGGACAAAGAAAUAGAUCGUCUUGGUCAGGUGAUGCACAGUUGCCAAACUCGGAUCAGAGACAUUAGAGCUCAAUACAACGAUGCCAUCAGAAAAGCACAGAAACAACAACCACAGACCUCUGCAACAACCAAGCUCGUUCAAGAUCUAGAGAUUAGAAAGAAAGCUUUGUUAGAUGCUGAAACAUUAAAGAACAGAGAAUGCAUUAGACAAAGAAAUAUAUUGAUCAACACUCCUGUUAAGAAAACAACUCCUCCUCCUCCUCCUCCUCCUCUUGUUAAGAAACCAACUCCUCCUGUUGUAAAAGCUGUUCCACUUCCACCGGUGGUUCAACCUCCACCACCACAACAUAGUAACCUUCAAACACUAUUAUCAAGAUCUCAGACGAUUGAAGCAAAGAUAUUGCAAUUAAAGUCGGAAAGAAAGAAAAUUCCAUCCAAGAGUCCAAGUGAUACGGAUGAAAAGAAGGCAAUGCUCAAAAGCAAGAGAAAGGCUGUUUCAAAACAACUGAGAAACCAUAGAGCUGAUUUAAGGGAUUUAACAGUUCAAAUUGAAAAGUUAAAAUCAACUACCAUUGUCCAGUCACCUGUUGCUGCUGCUAAACCUGCACCGGCACCGGCAACAGCUCUCAAACACAUGCCAACAUUACCACCUGCCAAGCCAGCAGCAGCAGCAGUCGUCACAGUGGCCAAACCCAUACCAACAUUACCACCUUCCAAACCAGCAGCAGCAGCAGCAGCCGUCACAGUUGUUGCUCCUCUUCCACUCACAACUCAACUUCAAAAAGUAAACAAUGAAAUGAGAAAUAUCUAUCAACAGAUUAGAACGGCUCAACUGGCAUCGGCCAAUGCAAUCGCUCAACUCAAAACAAAUUUGGCCAAUGUACCUCAAUCCGAUCCAAACCGAAACAAACUCAGAAGAGAUUUGGAGGAAAGGAUAAGGGUAAUCCGUCGUGAUACACAAGACCAACUUUCCAAAUUAUAUGAUGAAAAGAACUACCUCAAAAAAACAAAAGCAAUUUUAAAAAGAGGUCCAAGUUCUGUUGGAGGAUCAACCCCUACUAGUGUUCCACUUGCUCCUUAUAGACCAUCACAAAAACAAAUAGAUUAUAUUAAUUGUAUUGGUAAAAAUGCAGGACAAAUUAUAGAUUUAAUUUUAUUAUGCCAACCAAAGAGAAUAGGAUUUUUGUCACAUUAUCUUGUACCUUUUAGUUACAAGGAUGAAAGAACACAUGGAGAAUAUAUACAAGAUAUGGUACCUUUGAUGUUUGAAGAAUUACGUACUCAAAUCACACAGGAAUGUGAAGAAAAUGGUGUAGAGAUUAGAGAUAAUGGUGAGAUGGAUUAUAUAAGAAUUAAGACAAUGCCAAUCUCUAUUGACAUUUUGGCUGAAACACGUGACAAUGUUGAAGGAGUUUGUUUAAAAUUUUGUCAACGACUCAACGAUCCCGAUCAGGCAUUGUUUCAAUCGGAUCUCAUGUUACUUGUAAUUAAAGAAGGUGUAAAGAGACCAGUUCAUGUGUUUGGGUUGGUGGACAGUGCAGUCACUGAUAGAAAGAACCCAUCCUUAAAGAGAUACUCUAUACGUAUCUUGGAGGAUCAAACCAACUACCCUCAUACAACCGAGUUUAUCGAUGCAUUGUAUGACAUUAAAAAGAGUAAAGGAAAGGUACAUAUUGCUCGUAUAUCCAACCUUACAACCUUUCAAAGAGAAUACAAUGCCAUUCAAAGGUUUAUAUCACAUUCAUUGGGUCCCCUUAUCCUCACACCCGAACAAUACCUUGAAAACAAAAAACCUUCACCUAGUUAUGCAAUCCCAAAACGAUUACAAGAUAAAUUACCUUUAAAUCCUUCUCAAAUGAUUGCAAUCAAACAAUGUAUGAUUCAAGAUGAAUUAACUUUAAUUCAAGGACCACCUGGAACAGGUAAAACAACAACUAUUCUUAGUUUACUUGGUAUAUAUCAUAGUAUAUUGCCUCCACAAUGCCAAAUAUUGGUUUGUGCGCCAAGUAAUACUGCAGUUGAUGAAAUUGGUAUUAGAUUUUUGCGCGAUGGAUUAGUUUCUGAAGAAGAGGAAAAUGAAAGACCUGGUGCAGUUCGUUUGGGAAGUAGAUUGGAAGUGAUCAAUGAAAAGUUACAUCCAAUUUGUACAAGCAGGAUUGAUGAUCUAAAGAGAAGAAUCAUGAUGAUUCGAAGUGCCAGAAUCGUCCUUUCAACAUUAUCUGGAUCUGCAUCAACCAUGCUAGCAAAGGCUGGGUGUAGACCAUCGAUCAUUAUUGUAGACGAGUCUACUCAAUCGUGUGAACCAUCAACUUUGAUUCCACUGCUCAGAAAUUUCAGAUCAAAGGUUAUUUUAAUUGGUGAUCCAAAACAACUUCCACCAACUGUAUUCUCUGAUAUUUCUAGUAGAUUCAAUUAUGAUGUGUCGUUGUUUGAAAGAUUAUCAAAUUAUCUUCCCGUUCAUAUGCUCGAUACACAAUAUCGUAUGCAUCCAUCCAUUUCAAAGUUCCCAUCCGAUCAAUUCUAUCAAGCAAAAUUAAAGGAUGGUGAAAAUGUAGUCAAAUACAGUAAUUCAUUUUACAAUGAUAAAAAGUAUGGACCAAUUAAUUUUUAUCAUAUUCCAGAUUCUCAAGAAGAUACAACUAUUGGUAAAUCUAUCAAAAAUAAUUUGGAAAUUAAAUUGGUUUAUGUUUUAUUAAAAAAAUUGGUACAAGAAUAUCCAGAAGUUAAAAAAAUGAGUGUUGGUAUUAUUACACCAUAUAAAUUACAAAAGAAAGAAUUGUUGGAAGCAAAAGGAGCAUUUAAUGAAAAGAUGGAUGUUGUUGUAAAUACCGUCGAUGGCUUCCAAGGUGCUGAAAAGGAUAUUAUUAUAUUCUCUUGUGUAAGAAACAAAAAGAUUGGAUUCCUUCGUGAUACUCGUCGUAUCAAUGUCGGUAUUACUCGUGCGAGAAGAGCUAUCUAUGUGGUUGGUUAUUCUUCACUUUUGGAACAAGAUCCAAAUUGGGGUGCCUACCUUCGUUUUAUCAAGGACAGGAUUGGAAAAUAUGUUACAAUCGAUUCCAAAGGUAUCGAGGUACUCCAAGAACAAGUUAGACAACAUGAUCUUAGACAUCCAGAAGGUCUAAUCGUUGCCACUAAAGAGGAAUUUGAAGAAAUUAAAGAAUUUUAUGAUUCCAACGAUGAUAGAAUAUUCCAUGAUAUUAGUGAUGGUGAAGAUGAUCACGAUGAUGAUGAAGAUGAUGAAGAUGAAAAAGAUGAAGAGGACCAACAACAAACCACCAUUCAAGAAUCUUCACUCUUUGCAUCAUUGUUAAGUUCAUUCAAAUCAUUGACAUUAUUUGCAAGUAAUAGUGAUGAUGACAACUCUAUUUCGACACGUAAUGCAGAGAUGGUUAAAGUGGUUGAAGAAAAUCUUAUAAAGUAUCAUGGAUUACAAGAUAUUAGAUUGACACCAGAGACCAAACUUCAAUUAAAGGAAACCAGAAGAAACAUUUGGAAAAAGUUAAGAGAGUUGAUCAAGAAGCAAAAUCUAGACACUACCAAAACAAAUUCAACAUUUAAUCCUUUCCUUGGUGUUGAAGAUCAUAGACAUAUGAAUCAUUACUUGGUAAUGUUGUGUCACGAAAAGAGAUGUAAAAAUGUUUUUGUCAAGAAUACCAGUUGGAUGGCUCUCCAACUUUAUUGUGCCGCCUCAUUCCCAGAAUGUAAUGUCAAACCAUACGGAUCAUUUGUCAAUGGUAUUCAAUUGGAAUCAAGUGAUCUUGAUGUUUGCUUCUCUACAAGAGAAGAUAUGAAAACAGCUCAAGAGUUGCUAUUUGUAUUAAAAGAUUCAAAACAUUUUAAAUUGGAGAAAAUUAUACAAUUUUCAAGAGUACCAAUUUUAAAGUUUACAGAUACAUUACAUAAUAUAUCAUAUGAUAUGUGUUUUAAUAAUAGAUUAGCUAUUGGUAAUUCAUUAUUAAUUCAAUCCUAUGCGAAUAUGGAUCCAAGAGCCAAACAACUCAUGUUGCUUGUCAAGUAUUGGUCAUCGCAAAAGGAUAUCAAUGAUGCAAGUGUUGGUACACUUUCAUCAUACAGUUGGUUGAAUAUGGUUGUUUUCUAUUUACAAACCAUUCAACCACCUGUUCUCCCAUCGUUGCAACAAAUAGACUCAUCUACUCCACCCAAUAGGUUGGUUAGAAGUGUUGUUGAUGGAUGGAAAUUUUUGGAUCCAAAAAUGACAGGAUUCGACUCAAAGAAUACAAUGACAGUGUUUCAAUUGUUGUAUGGAUUCUUUAGUUUUUAUUCCAAGUUUAAUUUCUCCAAUUUGCUCAUCUCUAUUCGUUUGGGUAAACCAACCAACAUUAGAAUGGCAUCAAAGGAAUACUUGGAUCAUCAUCAUAAACGUCAUAUUUGCAUCGAAGAUCCAUUUGAAACUAGUCAUAAUCCAGCAGCAUCUGUUGGUCGGGUUGCAUUUGAUGUCAUUGUCUAUGAAAUCAUUGCAAUGGAAACAAGAUUAAAAUCAAUGUUGGGUCGUACUCCAAUUAAAAUUGAAUAUGAUCAUUUAUUCUCCCAAUCAUCUUUGAUGAAAUUUUGUUCAAACAAUAAGAAAUAA